AUGUGUUGGUGUGUGUGGUGGCGGUGUGUGUGUGAGCGGGCCACCCAGCGCGCGGCCACACAAGGCGCCCACCCACGUGGCAGGGGCGCCGAGCCGCGGCCCGCUCUAGCUCCUCUGCCAAACUGCUACCAUGCACUGGACGCCGAUACUCCGUGCCGACACUCGGUUAUUAAGACAUGCGAUAUUGGGACAGUCCGAUACUGGCGCCAGCAUUUAAAAGGAGAGAUAGAUGUUGGCAUCGCUAGCGCUUCUGACGGGCGGCCGAAGCAAAUUCUACAGAAUUUCUUAGAAAAA